AUGGUAGCUACUGGAUUCAAAGGGACAGCCAUGAGGCAAGCCUUAUGGAAAGCGGCUAAGCCAACUACUCAUGCACAAUUCAUAAGAAGAAUGGAAGCCAUAGCAGAACUAGAUGUUGAUGCAAUUAAAUGGUUAGAGGACAAGAAUCCAGCAGAGUGGAGUAGAUCACAUUUCAGAACAUUCCCUAAAUGUGAUAUGUUGUUGAAUAACAUAUGUGAAUCAUUUAACAGCAAAAUAUUAGAUGCCAAGAAAGGGUCUAUUGUUGUCAUGAUGGACGCAUUUAGGCAUGUUUUCAUGCAAAGAAUGCAAGAAAAUAGAGAAAGAGCUAGGGAAAAGCGGAGUAAAUUUGGUUUUUGUCCAAAAAUUAGAAAAAUGAUGAAGGACAAUAUUGACAAGGCAACUUACUGUGUGUCUUACAAAUCAAACGAUGUCAAUUUUGAAGUUGCUUGUCCUUAUGGUGAAAAGUGGGUAGUCAAUAUUGAGGAUAGGACUGGCCCAUGCCGGAAAUGGGAUUUGACAGGGAUACCAUGUGCUCAUGCAAUUUCAGCUUUGUGGAUUGCUAUGAAGGACCCUAUGCAGUACAUUGAUGAUUGUUACAGUGUUGAAACGUAUCUUAAGUGUUAUGACCCUUGCAUUUUACCUGUGAAUGGAGAGCAUGAGUGGGAAGAUGUAGAUGUUCAGCUACCCCUACCACAAACUUAUGGAAGAGCACCAGGAAGACCAAAGAAACAGAGGAGAAAAUUUGCUGACGAGAUACAGCAAAUAAAGGAGCAGGGCAAGAAGAUGAGGAGAUUUGGUCAAAUCCAUAAAUGCUCAUUCUGUGGUGAGUAA